CAUUUAUAUUUUUGGUGGCGGAUUGACAAAUGUUUUGAAUGCAUAGUAAAUAGUGUUUUUGGUAAAUUUUAAUAGCAAAAAUUUGAUCCAUCUGGUUCGUUGAAUGGACGACGGCGAGAACGAGUGACGGUCGCGUCGAUGGCGUGCGAAAAACGAACCGACCGCCGGUUGGGCGUAUAGAAUCGAGCGCAGACAAUCCGACAACACAAGGAAUACAGCGAUGGCCGUACAAGUAGAAGAGAACGAGUAGGCAGAGGAUUCAACGAUUCGGCGUUCGAUAAAUACGUGUCGUAUCGAGCUAAUAAAAUGACGGUAGAUAAACAAGAGUGAUUUUUAAGUAAUUAUAGUUGCGUAUAUUGUGUAGGUAGUGUUUUUGCGAUGGUUUUUAUUGGUGGAUUGUUAACGGACUGAAAUCAGGAAGUGGUGCUGUAUAAUGAAAUGUUGGAGAGAACAACGAGGCCACAUUUCGAAGACGUCAUUGUAGAUGAUUUCGAUUUCAUUGAUAGCGAAAAGAAGGACCUUUCGAGCACAGUGGACGAAUUGAACACCGAAGCGGCCGCAAAGAGUAAUGAUUUUUUUUUAGAAGAGCAGACGAUGACCCGAAAAACAAGGACGAGAAGACCGAGGAUUUCUACCUUACAAUCCGGCUAUUGCGCCGUGUGUAACGUUCCGUACAACAACGUAGAAGACCAUAUUCAGUCCAAAAAGCAUCAGAAGCUUAUCGGUGAGGAUGCUAAUUUUAUAGCCUUAAACGGGUCAUUGAAAGGCUUCUUGCAAACUAAUACUAUACCGUUUCUAAAUUUAAACGGCAUUGAUGCAAUAGGUGUACAUGACACGUCUUUAGAGGAAUUCUCGCCGACGUACAGGAAACGUCCGAUGCGCAGGAAUCGGGCAUCUUCGGUUAUGUGCGAUAGGCCAUCCCCUUUAUCACCGACGGCUAGCGACAUAACGGGCCACCAGCUCAGGUCACGCAGAAGUGUCAAUUACAUGACGUCCCCUUUGGACGAUGAUACCAUACAGGACAAAUCCGAAUUAACAAUCAACGAUGUCAACGAACAGGAAAACAAAGACGCCAGCAGAGAGCUGAGAGCGACUACUAGAUCGUUAACGAAACUAGCUUCCCUCCAGGAGACGCCUCAGGAAGAGGUAUGGAACUCCGGUCGCCCCAAGAGGACGUGCAUCAGCAGGAAAAGGCUAUCGGUCGACGAGAGACUGUCCAAUAAUUGUAAAUCUUUCUACAAAGUCGAGGUCCUUUCCGCGAAAAAUAAAGCCAAUAAUAAUGCCAACAAACAAGCGGAAUUGGCCAAAAGGCAACAAUCCCAGUCUCCGAAACGAGAAGAUGAUAAGGAGAAAGCGCUAAUCGUGAAAUUCAAGAAGCUUCGCAACUCCGAACUGAUCAGGCUCAACACCGAGGCGACGAAUUUUUUGUUUCCCACUAAAAAAGACGAAAACAGCGAAGAAGAUAUCGAUUUCAACACGAAUAGUUCGAUGGAUAGCAGUAGUAAUUUAGAGCCAGAAGACUAUAGAACCUCCUCUGUAAAUAUUAAGCACGAAGAUGAAACCUCGAUGGACAGUACGGGGAAGAAGAAAAAGCGAAGAACGCACGCCGAAGCCUUCCUGCUCGACAAUCACAAGUAUUACAAAUUCGAAACGCCCGGUUCCAGUUAUUGCAGGCUAAGGUACCAGGGCUCGUAUUUACCGCCGAUGGUCGCCAAAUCGCCGGCCGAUCGCCCCGCCGAAAUCGUCAAAGCCGAGCAACCGAAAGAGAAGAAAGUUAAAUACGAAACCAAAGUGAAAUUAGACAAUUACAAGUUCGCGUUCGAAAAAGUGCCAACGGAGGCCGGAUGGUACAAAGCCUUCAAGCGAUUGGACAACGCCGAGCAAAGUUACGCGUUCUACAGCAAUUAUUUGUGGGAAUCGUUCGCCCUGCCGUACCAAAUGCGUACCAUACAACCUUUGGACCGAAGAACGUGCUGUGCUCACUAUCGAGAACUGCUCGACGGGCUGUUGACCUGCAUAGCCGAGUCCAAAUCGGGCGAGACCACUCCGGAACCGGAGGCGGGCGUCUCUUCGAUGUCCCCGAUGGACGAUCAGCAGGACGACGACAGUAAACUUAGCGUAUCUACCAGUAGUUCGAAUUGUAGCGCAGACCAAAAACAGAACCCUCAAAUAAGUAGAGCCAGGACUAGGCAUAAACCGGCACAGAGCGUAAGUACAAGUCCUAGUUGUGGAAGUGGGAAAAAUCCUAGGAAAUCGCCCAGACAACACGCAUCGACGUUGGCCAUUUUGAGCGGGUUGAUCAAUCAAAGAAAGGGGAGGUCUAAAGGUAAGGCUACUGAGGACACUAACCAAAACUUGAGCACUAUCGAAGAAGAAGUUCUAGUACAAAUUCCAAAAGAGGUACCCGAAGAGCCUCCGCCGCCCCCGCCCACUCCUCCACCGCCGCCGCCUCCGCUUCAAUCGUCCCGCCUCCAAGCGGCGCCGCCGAAAACUAAAUCUCCCCCCAAGAAAACCAAACCGAAGGUGAAUUACUGCAGCAUCAUACAAGAGAUCGACGAGCACCUGGAAGCCGGUUUAGACGAACUAGACGAUUACGAUAUAGACAUUACCGACGAAAACGCCGUAGAUAUCAGCAAUUGCGUCACGACGCUCGCUGAUAUUCUAGGGCUGCACAAGGAGCACAAUCUAAAAGAGACUGAACGGAGCUGCAAGAGGUUCUUCAACGGCACGCCGGGCAGGAAGCCCGGCUAUCGCAAGAAGAAACUCAAUAAAACAGGGUGGCCGAAUAAGAGCAGGAGACCGGCGGCGAAGAAGGACGCGAGUAAAGAGAAGGGCGAGGCGGAGAGCAACGCGGACUCGGCGAGCGCGCGCGGCGACACCGACGACGACGACGAGGACGAUCGCGAGCUAUCGCAGCGCGUGAACAACGUGAACAAGAAGAAGCAAGUGCGCCGGAAAGUGACCGUGCGAAGGAAGAAGCCGGCGGGCAAGAAGGACGCGCCGGCGGCGCGCGCGAACUGCAACCCGAGCCCCAAGCACGCGGCGAACAAGAGUGAUAAAAACAAAUUAAACAAAUUGAACAAUAGCGAUUUAAAAUUCUACGUGUGUGUUAAGAAGUUGAACAAUAAGAAACCGGCGGCGACGAAGGCGCGGUCGAAUCAAAGGGCCAGACGGUUGCCGGGCUCGCCAAAGUCGCCCAGAACGUUGAGGAAACCGCGCGGUCGAUGGUACAGAGAGAGAUAAAGACAAAGAGUAUUUCACUUUUUUUUUUAUUUAUUACCUAUGUUUAGUUAAGGAUUUUAAUUAAUUUUUUCAUGGAAAAAUAUAUUGUAUUCUAUUUUGUACCAGAGAACUAUUUCAUUUGUACAGUGCAGUGGAGCGAAAAAUAAAAGUUCUUGUUUUACUUCUAAUGACCGAUGAGUUUAUGUAGCUUCGCACGAGUUACUUAAGAAGAUGUCUAAAGCAAAACAUUCUUAUUUGUAAAGUGAUUUUUGUUAAUCUUAUUAUGUAGUCCAAAGUGAUCAAACGGUAUACUUACUAUAUAACUAACAUCUAAUAAUAGCUAUCAAUAUCAGAUUAAGUAAUUAAUAGCUAUCAUUAUAUGCUUGUUGUAUAACACGCUGUGAUGGAACGAACAAAAUCAAAGGCGUUAAACUUUCGAAGAAAAUUAAGUAAAAAGUAACGGGUAACUAGUUAAUAAAAUCGUAAACAAACAUUUGAAAAAUAUUCUUUAAUAGAGAUAUGAAUCCCAUAAACCAUAUUAUAAAUAAAUGUACAAGUUUAUCACAAAAUAUAUCAGUACAAUAAUUAAAAUUAUUGAGUCGUUAUGAAUUUUUUACACUAAUUUAUGUACUAACGUCGAAAAUGAAAUUAAUUUCGCCCAAAUGCAACUAGUUUUAAAGAGUAACGCGAAAAUUAUGUGGACUUACUUUGAGUGGACCAAACCGAUUGUUGGAGAAUUAUGAGAAACAUUACAAUCAGUUUGUCCCUUAAUUUAUUUAAAUAUUGAUAUAACGUUCAGCCUUAGAAUUGUUAAGAAAAAUUAUCUAACGGCUCUUAAAUUGAUACACAUAUAUUCAAAACACGUAAGGCAAAACUUUUUAAAUUCUUAUAGAUAGUAAUUAGAGAAAAAAAUGCUGGCGAAACACAAGGAUUGUAUAACAUAUACCAAAUAUUGCAUUGUGUAUUUAAUAUACAAUCCCUACUAAAAAUAGCCAAUCAAUUUUUUUAAUUGUUAAAAAUUCUCCGACUGUAUUAAAUAAAUGUUAAUUUGACGUUUUAGGCCAGUUAGAAUUUUUGACAAAAAAAAAAGAAUUGAAAUCGGUACUUGUAGCACACUCAUCGAGACUACAAGGAAGCGAAAAAUUAAACGAUCAUGAUCCCUUCUUACUUGUUACGAUCACAUUAAGUACACAUUUAUUUAUGUUUGCAUAUAAAUAAAAAUCAACCUCGUGUAGUAAACGAACCAGUGUUAGACAUUAAGCUGCCGUCGAAGAAAAUAUUUCAAACAUUCAAUAGAUUCAAAAAAAUGCCAUAUUUAGACGUUUUGCUAUUAU